UUGGGCAACUGUCUCGUUAUCGCAACUUUACUAAGCAAUCAAAAGAUGAUGAACGUCCUUAACGUCUAUUUGUUGAAUUUGACAAUUUCUGAUUUGAUGCUGGGAGUAUUCUGUAUACCUUUUACUCUAAUUGGUCAAAUAUACAAACAAUUUCUAUUCGGAGCAGCUAUGUGUAAACUGAUUCCUUUACUACAAGCUGUUUCAGUUUCUGUUGACGUCUGGACAUUAGUAGCAAUAUCUCUGGAGAGAUAUUUUGCCAUUUGCAAACCACUGAAGUCUAGAAAGUGGCAGACCCAGUGCCACGCUUUCAAAAUGAUCGGAAUAUUGUGGGUGCUCUCGUUGUUGUUUAACUCGCCCAUUGCAAUCAUGUCAACCUUACAACCUAUGGGAGAAAAUAGAUACAAGUGCAGAGAGGAAUGGACUAGUUUAGAACUGAAUAUAGCUUUUACUUUGGGCUCUGAUGCUGUCUUAUUGCUUAUACCGUUUGUUAUUAUGUCUUUUUCCUACUAUUUAAUUGUGACUAAGUUAUGGAGGGGAACGCGCAAUGAAUACAAGCAUAAUUUAAAGUGGCAGAAACAAUUGACAGUGGAGGAAUCAUUUACUCGUAAGAAUAAUCAUCAAUUAGAACAAACGUUAACAUCAAAGGGAAACACUUUACUGUUACAUCGAAAUAGCUCGGGAUCUGAGAAACUGAACGAGAGGAAAGAACAAGGUCAAGAGUUUGAGAAGAAGGCAGAAACGCAUUGUGUGCACACGAAUGUAGAAUCUGGUCACGUGGUGCGUUCUACAAAUUUUGGAAAAAGUAUAAAAGCUAAACGCAAGGUUAUAAAAAUGCUUUUUGUUGUAAUAUUUGUAUUUUUUGUUUGUUGGACGCCACUGCACAUUGUUAACACGGUAUACCUGUUUUAUCCACAUCAAUUAUAUGCGAACGUAGGAACAAAAGGAAUAUUAAUGCUACAACUGUUAGCUUUUUGUUCAUCAUGUUGCAAUCCAGUAAUCUAUUGCUUUAUGAAUAAAAAGUUUAUGCAAGCAUUUAUUGACUUAUUAAAAUCUAGUAUGUUAUUAAGGCGCUGUUUCCCUGAUAAGUCCAAGUCUAAUAGGAAAGCUACACCGCCAAUGUCGAGCCAAAAUGUCACUGCUUGUAAAGUAAAGGGGAGCCAAACUGGACGCACAGAGCUAAAUUGUCCGGAAUUGGAGGAGUGUGUUGAGCAGCGGUUCAUGAAGCAUCGCGCAUAG